AGUUGGCAGUUUAACUUUCAGUAGCAGAGCAACGACAAGAGGAAACAAACCAGGAGCAGCGCUUUAAAGAGUUUACCACAAGCCUACUUAAAGGGAUUUCCUCACUUCGAACUUGACAUCCCCCAUCGGUAGACUUUGUCUGGAUCUUUCUGCUUGAUUUUACUUGUUUUUUUCUAUUGGGAACGAUGAUGUUCACUACUUUCAACACGGAGUGCGACUCUUCCUCCCGCUGCAGCACCGCUUCACCCUCUGCUGACGGAUACUACCCGUCCCCAGCGGGGUCUUACUCCAGCUUGGGAUCACCCCAGUCUCAGGAUUUCACUGACCUGACAGCAGCAAGUGCCUCCUUCAUCCCCACCGUCACGGCCAUCUCCACCAGCCCAGACCUGCAGUGGAUGGUCCAGCCUUUGAUCUCCUCGGUGGCCCCUUCUCACAGAGCUCCCCCCUACAGCUCCAGCCCCAGCCCUGCCUACUCCAGACCAGCCAUGAAGUCUGCAGCAUCCAGGGCUCCAAAGAGAGGCAGAGCUGAACAGAUAACACCUGAGGAGGAAGAAAAGAAGAGAAUUCGCAGAGAGAGGAACAAGCAGGCAGCAGCUAAAUGCCGCAACAGGAGGCGAGAGCUUACCGACACUCUGCAAGCUGAAACCGAUCAGCUGGAGGAUGAGAAGUCCAGCCUGCAGAAUGAUAUUGCCAAUCUGCUGAAGGAGAAGGAGAGGCUGGAGUUCAUCCUGGCCGCGCACCAGCCCAUCUGCAAAAUCCCAUCGGAGCUGGACACGGACUUCCCCAUGGUCACCAUCUCAGCCGCACACCCCUGCCUCUCCUCCUCCACCGCCGUGUCCUCCCAUCAGCAGACCACCACCAUGACCACCAGCCAGCCCGCCUUCACCUCCACCUCCAACUCCAUCUUCUCCAGCUCCAGCCCCGUCCUCUCCACCGCCACCGUCUCCAGCUCGGUCAAGAUGUCCGACCUGGAGGCCUCCGUUCUGGAGGAGUCUCUGGACCUGCUGGCGAAGACGGAAAUGGAGACGGCGAGGUCGGUGCCGGAGGUGGACCUGUCCAACUCCCUGUACACGAGUCAGGACUGGGAGCCGCUUCACGCUGCCUCCAACGGCACUGACUUGGAGCCCCUGUGCACGCCAGUGGUGACCUGCACCCCGGCCUGCUCCACCUACACGUCCUCGUUUGUGUUCUCCUUCCCCGAGGCGGAGACCUUCCCCACCUGCGGCAUCGCCCACAGGAGAGGAAGCAGCAGCAACGACCAGUCCUCCGACUCCCUCAGCUCACCCACCCUGCUGGCCCUCUAAAGACUCUUCCACAAACAAUCAUUUCUUCCUACCAAGCACAUUGUUGUCUUGAUGUAAGAGAUAGAUGUGCAGAUCACAGGGCUAUGGAAUGGACUUGUACCAGGAAGCAAACUAUUUAUAAUUUUAUCUGCCUUCAUCUGUACUUGCCUAUAUUACACCAAUGUAGCAAGUUUAAGAAAAAAAAAGAAGAAAAAAAGAGCAUGUUUCAACUAAUACCACCUAGUCGUUUUAUGAGUUCCUAUAUGAUUUCAAGGUGCUAGAUAACACAACUUGUUGUAUAUUGAUGUGUGCUCAGAGCAAUAGUUAUUAUUUAUCCAGUUUGUUUUCUGGUUAAUGGAAUGUGAGAGUAAUUGUGAAACUGUUUGUGAAGAAAAAAACAAAAAACAACUGACGUGCUUUGUCUUAACCAUGGUCUGAGUGGUCUAUACCCCCCAGUAUGAAGUUUUCUGUGAAAACAUUAGUGGUUUUAAUUUAUGAAAUUUAUUUUUUUACACAGAGAGUAAAGAUGAAUGUUUGUUUGUAUGAUAUGUAAAUAAAAAAGAUAGUGAUAUUUAAAUUCA